AUGGAGCGGAUGUCUGAGGAGGCGCUGAGGCUCAACCUGCUGAAGCGAGGUCUGGAGUCACCUAGCGAGCGAGAGGAGGCGCUGGCCAAGCGCCUCAAAAUGGAGGGACACGAGGCCAUGGAGCGCCUCAAGAUGCUAGCACUACUUAAACGCAAGGACCUAGCUGACCUAGCAGCCCUGGAGGUUGCGGGGCCCCUGGGAGACGGGAAGGGGCCCGGAGCCAGCAGCCUCCACCACCAGAGCCUAAUGGGUGCUGCUUAUGAGGAGAAGCUGAAUGGGAGUAUGAGGCUGGGAGGCCAUGGCAGCCAUAUUGGAGCCAGUAAGAAUGGGAAGGAAAACAUCCUGGAUGAGCCGGUGGAUAUGAGCUCUGGAAGAAGAUGUGAUGCAGACCAUGACAGACGAACUCCCUCUCCGGACGUCAUCAUCCUGUCAGACAACGAGGCAUCCAGUCCCAGAACAACACCUCGCCCUGAGGAGCGCCUGCACCAGGCCAACUUGGACAUGUUCAAGGGGAAGACAGGAGAAGAGCGGCAGCAGAUGAUCAAAGCUCUGAGAGAGGAGCUGCGUCUGGAGGAGGCCCGCCUGGUCCUCCUCAAGAAGCUCCGACAGAGUCAGAUGCAGAAGGAGAAUGUGGUGCAGAAGGUUCCAGUGGUCCAGAACGCUGCAUCCUCUGUGCAGCCUCCUCCCAUGCACAGCUCUCCUGGUCUGGGGAAGCUGCCUGUGAGGCCGGGCCUGCACAACCCUGAGCCCCAGAACCUCCGCACUGCACAGGGUCAUACAGUCAUCAGGUCAGCAGCCAAUGCCAACCUGCCGCCCAUGCUGAUGUCCCAGCGAGUGAUAGCCCCCAACCCUGCCCAGUUGCAAGGCCAGAGGAUCUCUUCUAAGCCUGGGAUGUCUCGCUCCAGCUCAAGCAGCUUGGCCAAUGCAGUCAGCUACCAGCAGGCCAGCCAGCAGGUGGCAGCUUCCCAGCGCUCAGGCUCUAGUGCCAUGUACAUGAACCUGGCCCACAUGCAAGCAGCAGCAGCAGCAGGGGCCGGCGGGGUGGCUGGUGGCCUGGGCGGAGCCUCGGCUGUCAGCCCAUCCACCAUGUCCAGCUCGGCUGGCGGAGGGGUGAGCUCCAUGGCCGAUCAGGCCAGUAGCCAGGCGGCGGCCAAGCUGGCCCUUAGGAAGCAGCUUGAGAAAACCCUGCUGGAGAUCCCUCCACCCAAACCCCCCGCCCCACUCCUUCACUUCCUGCCCUCUGCCGCCAACAGCGAGUUCAUCUACAUGGUGGGCCUGGAGGAGGUGGUGCAGAGUGUGCUCGACAGUCAGGGUAAACUCAGAGGGACGCUGGCCCGCAUGGAGCCUUUCUUCUGUGCCCAAUGCAGAACCGACUUCACCCCCCACUGGAAGCAAGAGAAGAGCGGGCGAAUUCUCUGUGAGCAGUGCAUGACUUCCAAUCAGAAGAAGGCUCUGAAGGCGGAGCACACCAACAGGCUGAAGAACGCCUUUGUGAAGGCCCUGCAGCAGGAGCAGGAAAUUGAACAGAGGCUUCAGCAGCAGGCGGCCCUCUCUCCCAGCUCGGCUCCUACUGGCCCCAAUGCCUCCAAGACUGACACCAUGAUUCGACAUCAUGCACUCCGCCAGGCUCCCCAGCCUCAGGCCUCCCUGCAGCGAGGUCUGUCCAACUCAGCGCGAGGUGUUCUGUCCAACUUCGCCCAGGCCUCCCAGCUGUCAGUGGCCAGCAGCCUCAUGGGAAUGACUAGUGCCAAGCACUGUGGCAGCGGUGGAGGCAGCAGCAGCAGUAGCAGCAAUAGACUGCAGCAUGACAGCCGUCGCCAGAUCUACAACAUCCCAGGGUUAAAUAUUGCCUAUCUGAACCCAGCGGCAGUUGGACCCCAUAAGAGCUCCAGCUUAGCAGACCGGCAGAGAGAGUACCUGUUGGACAUGAUCCCACCUCGAUCCAUAUCGCAGUCCAUCACCGGACAGAAAUGAGCCCCGCCCAGCUCUCCUGCCCCUCUGAAGCCCCCCCCCCCCCCCCCCCCCCCCCCCCCCCCCCCCCCCCCCCCCCCCCCCCCCCCCCCCCCCCCCCCCCCCCCUCCUGCCCCCCUACCCCAUACUGAAGCACUCCCAGAUCGACCAACAUCCCCACCCCACCCCCACCCCACCCCCCAUCGCAUGCAGUGCCUGUCCGUGUGCCUACCUUAAACCAACCCAUGAAAACCCACGAAGUCGGACAAAGACACUAAACUGUCAGUGCAUCUCAAAUGUUGUUAUUAUAGUAAAAAUCUUCUUCGUCAGCGUUGUUUAACAAUUAUAAUUCCCAUUAUUAUCGCUGUUGGUAGCACUAUUAUUAUACCUGCAACUACCAUUUUUGCUUCAGUUACGAUUACUCAUUAUGCUUUUUUUCUUUUAUAAGUGUUUGGUCCGUUUUUGUUUCUCUGCUGUCGCUCCUUUACCUUGGGCAGUGACGGUGAGUCAUUGUAGGGCCACUUUAGGCCACGAUCAUAUAGGAUUUUUUUCUCCACUCAAUUAUAAAGCUUAGAUGUGACUAUUGCUAGUAACAGAUCAACAGGGUGCAUUCUGGUUGCUAUGCAACAUAAAGUUUAACAACUUUGAAGCUUUGUAAAAAGUGUUAGCUCGCUAACUUGGAGUAACAAAGUGGAAAAUACUCAAUAGGAACAAAAACAGGGGUGGGGGGGGCAUGAAAAUGAAAUUGAGACCAGAGCACCCACAUUUGUAUCGUCUUGUCAAAAGGGCCAGUUUCAAGAGCUGUUUUCACACCGAUAUGCAGCUCCGACAACUUGGGUUUGGGGCAGCAUCACCAAUUUUGAGGAGACAUCCUGCUACCAUCAGAGCUAAUCAACCGACAUGACUAACAAAAGGUGCAUAUGUGUACAAAAGAGAAUCCUAUGUGAUCAGAUUUUGGAAAACCUUGUGCUUUUCUAGUCGGCUCCCACCAUUUCCAAAUCAAAGGUCAUCACCAGUUUCUUCAUUUCAGACGUCUGCCUCUCCUGCUACAGAUUUGAACACUUACCAGAUGGAUGUAACUGUUAACUACAAACUGUAGUUGUACUAAUCAGGACUGACAGACGAAACUACUGCACCUUCACUGGACCAACAGCCCAUAUAAACUUAAGCAAGGAGGGAGCUGACAGGCCGGAGGACAUCGUCUACAAACUCACCCUGUAUGAACGGGGGGAUGAUGGAGUCCACUCAGAGAGAAGCAAGUUGGUUUUCCCUCCUAUCUCACUACCUGCCACCGACCCCUCCAUGCCCCCCUAGAUACCUUUGGUUAUCCAGUAUGCACAGACUGAACCCUUUUUACCCAGCAGCUCCUCUUGGCAUCACAUGUUCUUUGAGAAAGUGAAAAGAACUCAAAUCUGAAGGUGGAGGCACAUUUUCUGCGUCCAAACCACAGAUUCUGUACCUAAAAACCUAGAAAAAUCUGGGUUCCUUUUCUUGUUAUAUUUGGAUUUUUAGAUUGUUUUCUGAUUGUUGACCCCUCCCACCCAACCUUCCCUUCUUUUUUUUUAGUUUAUCUGUUAGUUUAUUUGUUUGUUAUUUUUUGCGGCGUCUCCUAAUGAAAUGGUGGCGUGCCUGAGAGGUAUUAGCCCCCGGAGACGAUAAUAAUCAACAUAGCUAAAAACAAAAACUAUUGAAAUAUCUGUAUGGAUAAUGUAUAGAUACCUAGCUUCAGAGGGAGAAAAAAAAGGAUGUGGAUUAUAUCUUUUAUGGGAGAGACAUGGAUCAAUCAUUGUGUGCAUGCUCUGCACACAAGUUGCCUCACUCCAGAGGAGCACUUUGCAUAUUUCCAAUUGGAAAAACAUUUUUUUUAAAAAGGAGGAAAAGAAUGUUACAAUUGAGAGUGGCUAAGGUCCGGACGCUGGCUGACAGCCCACCGGAGUGUUAGGGGAGAUGUCCUGAGUAUUGUGGAUUGCAUCAAGGUUUGUGUUUUAGGGAUGAUGAGUGGUUUGAUCCUAUUUUUACUUUGCCAGUGUUGAUCUCUGUUAAUGUUGGACCUCAAGUGUCGGUUUCCAAAUCCCUGGUGCCCAGUGUGCUGGGGUUAGAUGAUUACUAGAUAAGUAGAUGUACCAUCAUCAAAACCCAGCCGUAAAUUUAGUCUCCUUUUCAGUGCAGUGGGACACCAUCAGCUGUCCAAUUUGUCCAUAUGGAUCUUCCUUCUCAGAUAUUAGCUAGUUGUGUGCAGCCACAGCUCUUCCCUGAUCACAGCUACAGGAAACCUAAAAAUGAGAUUUGUUUUAAUUUGCACAUUUCAUUCAUUGAACCGUUCAAUCUGUUCCAUAAAUAUUUCAUUUAAGCCGGGCUCAGGCUGCAGGAGUUUUGGGCCGACUUAUCCCCUGAUUCACCUAGAGGAGAAAUCGGAUGUCAGGCCCAGAUUAUCUGGUAAUGUGAGACGUUUAAAUAUACAGUUCCCAACUUCAAUCAUGGCUGAUAUUAAGGAUUUAAAAUCAGGGUGAUGGUGGUUAUGAUUACGUCAGUACGCAGCUGCUGACCGUUUUCCCAAGCAACAAUAAACAUUCUAGCUCCAAACAUUAGUGAACACACUACUUUUGAUAUUAAAACUGACGUGAGGUGUUGCAUUCAUGCUCCCUCUGUCAUGAUAGUCUUUAUUAUAUUCUCUAUUAUGUGAUGCGCCAUUGUUUUCUAAUCUUGUAGUGUGUUUGAGAGUAGAGAAGAACAUCUGUUAAGUCUUAUUUGCAUGAUACACCCUGAUUUUAAAAUUGGUUUUGAACGAUUUUAAACUCCUCUAGUCUGAGCCCAGCUUUAGAGGCAGUUGUGUGUCCCAGAGUUUCGCCCUGUCUCAAAGGAGAGGACUGGUUUACAGCUCAAACCUGCUAACAUCAGGCUACAUCUAGUUAACUUUAUAUAAAUACAUAUAGACACACACACACUACCCCGAUGUGAAGUGUAAGAGCAACACUUAACUGGUUUCUUCAGGAGUGGUGGGCUCCAAAUGUUGUCGUAGCUCAGGCAUUUCAAGCAGUGUUCAGUCAAUGUGCAGUAUUACUCUCAGAACUUAAGUGACUCCUGACUGAAGGACACAGGCACUGUGAUGAAGUCAGUUUGUGUUUGAGAUACAGGGUUCUGAACUGACCAACACAUUUCAGUCUGAGUGGGAAACCUCAGCUUACUAAGGAGCCGUAGCAAAUAGUCAACUGUCGUCCAUGAAAUCUCAUGUCGGAUUUGGAUAAAACACAAAGCAAAGACUGUUUUAGUGACUCAUUUUAGGAUGACACAGAUCCAUGUUAAACAUCAUCCAGGCAGGAGCAUGUAAAUUGUUCAUAGAGAACAUCUAGAUUGUUGUGUGGUGAAACAACGUGGCACAGGUUCACCAUUGACAUGAGACCGACACUGUUGCAGAGGGUCGCAGGUGGCCAACACACAUUCUGGCAGCCAUGUUGGAUUCCUUCACUUCUUGGGCAACAGCUUGUUACAGCUUCUGACAAAAUGUUUAUGUCUCAGUUUCUGUGCAGUUAAUAUGUGUGAAUGAAACAGUCAUGAUUACGCUGUGUUUGGAUUUCUGAUCACGUUUGGGUUAUAUCACACUCAGUUCAUUCUGGACUCACACUCUUAAACUUUUAAUCCUCUACACAACGUCGCAGACACUCACGUUCCAAAAUUUCACUUUUGUCAGGUACUUUGGUUUACGACCAAAUAUCUGCAAGACUAAUGACAUUCUCAUCAGCUUCAGCUGUACUUUGUGUUAAGUUUUAAUUCACAAAUGGUAGCACGCUAACACGGUAAACAUUAUACCUGCUACCUACCUUGUUAACAUUCAUUUUGAGCAUGUUCACAUCCUGACAUUGGCGUUAAGCUCAAUGUACUGCUAUGCUAAGUAAAGCCACACAGCUGGUGUGGCUGUAGUCUCUUAUUCUUGUUAAAGCUCCUUCUGCUGAAUAGCAAGUGAUGCAAAAAUGUAAGAUAAAGCUAAAUAGCAAGAGAAGCUACAGUGGCACUUAAAAACCCUUUCUAAAGUUUUGUUUUUAAAAGUAGCUAAUAAGUUUAAGCUUCUUGCUAAAAACAAACCGGCAAAAUAAACUAUAGCACUUAAUUUCAAACACUGUGUGUCAAUAAGUGGCCAGUCUUGUUUCUUUGAUUUGAGCAGAACUACUGUCUGCACAGUGGUAGAAGCUAGCAGUGGUAGCAUCCAUUUUGUUCAAUGAGUCCAUCAGCUAGUUAGCUAAGCUAGCUAACAAAGCCCCUGAUUUUAAAUUUUUUUUUAGUGUUAUUUUUCUCACGGACGGCUUCUGUCUUCAUUCAGGCUAACACUGACACUGACACCGAUGUUCUCUGUCCAUGUUCUAAAUUCAGUUUCUAUCAGCUCUUCAGAUUGUUAGUAAAAUGGAAACACUUGACAUUUUAACAGGGAAAUCAUUUUAACGACCGGGCGAUGAAGUGUUUUCUUCAGCCAAUGCAGUAGCAGAAUUCAGGGCUCAAAAUACUUCUGUGUACAUGCACUGGUGCAUGUAACUUUUUUACCUGCACCAAGGUUUUAUUUUACUUCACUAUUUGGUGUCAGGACAUUUUCAGUAUGUCAGAAUACCAUUUGAGCUUUAUGGUCAACCUAAGUUUAUAUUAAUACUAAUAUGAAAACUUUUUUAAAAAAUCAUAUUAGGACUUCUUCACAGAUGUCACGGUGGUGUCUAAUAAAUUAUCGCUGUGAUGCUGACGCUCUAAGCACCAGUACUGUAACAGAACGAAAAGACAUCAGAGCCCAAACGGGCCAGCUUGAUCGGGUUAUACAUGGUGCAGCUUUUGCAAUGUGCCACUCCGUCAUGUCCAUCUGUGCACUGUCAGCACGAGUAUAAAGAAGGCUUCAGCGCCCUUUAUUCAAUCCGCAAUGUCAUCAAUUAUCAAUUUGUUUUUCAUUGUGUAGAAAAAUGGCCCUGUGGCAUCAGAGCAAGUGAAAAGUUUUCAUGGUCAAUGCAUGAGACUACGGUCUGUACCAAGCUACGUGCACUGGUGCAUGUAAAGCUGACCAUUACUUGCACAGCUCGACUUUUAUGUGCACUUACAUGCAUAUGCAAGUGGUAUUUCGAGCUCUGAGAAUGUGUAAUAUUUGGAACCUUUUCUGAGAGACCAAUGAGAGAUAGCCUUUACGGGAAAAACAAAUCGUUUGACCAAUGCUAGUUUAGCACAAGCUAGCUUAAAAAGGGGACAGACUUCACUUCACUAACUCCUCUUCUAAAGUCAAGACAAUUUAGAACAAACCACAGCAAUAUAAACCCUAAAUCUGCUCACCUUUAUUAAUGUUAAUACAAACAAUCCUUUUAGAUAAUUCUGUAGCCAUGACCAUGUUUCACCUCUCCAGUGGAUGUCCUUAAUGGAGCUCUACACAGUUGAGAGAUUGGUGGUGUAACUGCACAGCCUCUGCACAUCUUCUGUCAUUUUUUUUAUGUGAAUCUAUGUCACUGUUACCCUCUGCAUUGUUACAGUCCCCCCGUCCAUAUGUGCACAGUGGUUGGUGAUGUUUAUUCCAGCCCGACUGUCAGGUGGAUGUCUUCUGGUUCAGACCUGCACGUCAGAGCGAUGUGAUGAUGAACAGCCCAGUGACAUGAAAGACUUAGGCCAGGACUAUGAAACUACCUACGAUUAGAUUCAGAGAUAUUAGCUCAAGUUAACACUUGGAAAACAUCAUUUUUGUUAAUCCUAUAAAAAACAUGGAUCAAUUAUCACUUUGGUGGAACAGUUGAAAUUGGAUAUAGAGAUAUAUUUUAAUGAGUUUUUAAUGUCUGGGAUAAAUUUUUACUGCCACUCACGAUUUGAUUUUAGCAAUGUUUUUGUCAUGCAUCUCCUUUUGCUGCCAAGCUGAAGUUAAAGAAAAAAAAAAGCUCCUGUCUCUUGCUCUUUUGCAGAUGCAUCCACACACCUUUGUAUUUGGACUGCAGAUUCUUUCUUGAAAUCUAAAAGAUUUAAAUUUGAAGUCAUUCUUUUUCUGACGUCUCAAUUGAGUUCUGUUUUCUUUCUAUUGCAGUUUUAAAAAAUAAACAAAUGUAUUGACUAUGGAAUAAAUGACACGAUAUUUGCUAGGUUUGAAGUAAUAAUGACUUAUUGUACAUAAGCAUUUUCUCCUCCCUUGUACUGAAAAAAGAAAUUAAAUGGUUGUAUAUUGUGUAGAAAAGCAAACAAAAAGCCAUGAAUAUUGUGAAGCUUGUCAUUUCGUUUUGUGAUCACUGUGUAUUAUUGUGUAACAAAUGUGCAAAAUGUUUGGGAUUCUUUUUUUUCCCCCCUCCCUCCUCUGCUUCUUGAAGCGGUCUCCCUGGAUGCAUUCGCUUUGGUUGGGGACUAGUUAAGAGUUUGCAGGAAGGUGCUCAUUGGUUCAGACACACAGGGUCUGCAGUCUGGUUCACAUUACACACCUGAACAUUUCUUUUGUUUUCUCUCAGAGCGUUGAAACUUGAAAUAACUUUGUUUCCUUUCCUGAUCUUGCUCUAGAUAAAAGCACUUUGAAUGUUUCACUUUGUGUGUCAGAUUACAUGGAGAGAAUUGAGUGACCCUCCUGAACUAAUGGUUUGAUCCAGGGUCAGACUGAUGUGCCAGUUUGGCCUCUCACCAAAGGACCAGACUGGUGUUUUUGCACGUUCAUACACACCAUGUCUAUCCUACAUUAUUGCUGAUUGUAUGUCCACACAUUCAGGCACAUUGGCUUUCUAUGAACCAUUGAGUUGUGAAAUUUGCUGGACUGGAGAGUAGGUGCUGACACAUUUGUGCUACUCACAGUGUUGAAAGAUGACAUUUAAAAACAUGGUGUCUAGUGUCCCUGUUGCUCUGACGAACACACUGAAGACUGUUCUCAUUCAGACUUUUCUCAGAAAGGAGUUCCAGCUGUUUACAGUGACGAAGGGUAACAGGGACAUUCAUUGUGAAUGGUAAAUUGUUGAUAUGAUCCUAAUGUGCAUUUCAAGUGGGUUCCAGCUUUUCACCAUGGUUUACAUAAUUUCUUGGAACUUUUGGCAUAAAAAAGUCAAUUUUAUACAGAAGUUUGGCUCUAGAUGUUCCAUCCAGGUAUUCGCUCUUACAUCAGUGGAACCCUGGUUUUUGUUAAAUGGCCACGUCUGCUGCUUGACCUGAGAAGAACUGACCCUGAAUCAGUGAUCACUUUUCCUGCCAACACCAGCAUACAACACGUAUGGUCCUCUACUGUUUGGCUUUAUCUUCUAUUAGUUGUUGUUGCUAAUGCAGGGAAAUGUUUAAUUUUCGAAAUUAGUUUGAUCAAUUCUCAGUUGACUUUUUGUAUAAUGUUGACAAUGUUGAAAUAAACAUUUGGGGACGCGGAAACAGACAAAAUCGACCGGAAACUAAUCUAAAAGUCCUUUUUUUUGUUUUUGCUUACAUCAAUCCUGACCUUUUGCACAUACUUGAUAUUUAACGGUCUUCAAAAAAGUAAAAGAAAAUAAUGCUGUUUGAAUACUGCCAGUUGAUUGACAAUUAUGCAUUGAUUGAAAAAAUAAGCUAAUUUUGGAGGAAAUAACUUUGUAAUAUUUAUCUCUUGCAAGCUAUGUUUAAUAAAGGUUGAAACAAUUUGC